CUCAGGCCAGUGUUGGCCAGCGUUCGAUUCGGAGUGGAGUCGCGAGUCCGAAACUGUGACACGCGCAGGCAAAUGGAAAACACAAGUCGCCUCCUCCGCCGUUGAUGAUGGGAAGCAAUCCUCCCGAGCACGGGACCAAGCCAAGAUCCACCAGACACCACAGACAACAGAACCACCGAGUGGUGCGCAAGCAGCCGCCGCGUCCCGCAGUCAGCGACCGCCACAACAUCUACAUCACCAGCAAGACAGACUUUAAGGCCCAGCAGCGCCGUUGCGAAGAGCUGCUCAACUCCGGCGCCCGCGAGAUCUUUCUGCAUUGCAUGGGAUUCUCCGUCACCCGCGGCCUUAAUCUCGCCUUGCGCCUCGUUCAGAAUUCUGAGGGCGCCCUCAGUUACGCGAUCAACACCUCCACCAUUCAGCUGGUGGACGAACUGCACCCGCUGUGCGAUGCCGAGGACGUAACCUUCCGCCAGCGCAACAACUCGGCCCUGCAUAUCAAGAUCUUCAAUCGCAGUCUCUUCGACAUCGUUGUGCCGCAACCGUCGCAGUCCCAGACGCAAGCCCAAUCCCUGGGCCAGUUCCGAGGCAAGGCGAAGGCCAGGCAGUAG